GAAAGAGAAACCCAUGGGCGGUAGGUUUAUUAGGGUAUCAUAUUACUACUGUAAUCUUCCUUGUAUAUAUUGAAGCCGUUACACACACACACAGAGGCUACAUUUUCUUGUAGGCUCCCAACAUAUCCCAAAACACAUAGCUCUCUUUGGAGUCUUCUUGAGCCUUUCCUCGAUAACUCCGCUUAAUCCUCAAACUGUAAACAUGUCAACUGUCAGACUUCCUGCCACCUGUGUGGUAAAAAUUGCUCCUCAGACCCAAAGAAAGAGCGUUUUUGUAAAGAGCCCAUCGUCUCUAGGGUCUGCGAGGAGCAUUUCUAAAGCCUUUGGAUUGAAAGCUAGCUGUGCCUUUAGAGCAUCAGCAUCAGCAGUGUACAAGGUCAAGUUGGUUUGUCCAGAUGGUGUAGAGCAUGAAUUCGAGGCACCUUCGGAUACUUACAUCCUCGAUGCAGCUGAGAAUGCUGGAGUCGAACUCCCUUAUUCUUGCAGGGCAGGUGCUUGCUCAACAUGCGCUGGGAAGAUUGUAUCGGGAUCUGUUGAUCAAUCUGAUGGGUCUUUUCUGGAUGAUAAUCAAAUUGAGGAAGGCUAUUUGCUCACCUGUGUUUCUUACCCAUCAUCAGAUUGUGUGAUUCAUACUCACAAGGAAUCUGAUCUUUACUAGUAGUUAUUUUUAUGUCAAAUAAUGUCUAUGGUCUUGCUUAAGCUGAAGCAGUUGGAAAAUUGCUCUGUUUUUGAGAAUGGUCAGCUGUAGAGUUCAAUCAGGAACAUAUUGUGUUAAAAUGAUGUUUGUGCUUGUUUUAGCUCUUAUUAGUGAUAUAUGUUUCAGUUUGCUUAACAAAUGUAUCAGGUGUAGAGUUCAAUCAGAAACAAGGGUCGUCUAUGAAAGAAAGGAUCAUUAGAAAUUGAAGCAAGCAGCAAGAGAGUUUUGAAAUCAAGAACUUCAUACACAAGCUCCAAAUAUUCAUGCAUUUCUAAAGAGGUUUCAAGUCAAGAAAGAAGGCAAAUCAAUAAUCUAAAACGUUCUCAAUAAUACUUGUUUGCUCAUGGCAACUAAUAAGUUGUUUGCAGCAAGAAUUUAACUUGAAGCGCAUAAUUCUUGAUCUAGAUCAAGAGGGAAUUCUAGAGAUUGUAACCUCCUAUUUCCUCUAGUCUUAUUUUUCACACAAAAUUACAAUAGGACAAUUUAAGC